GAUUCGCUGGAUACUUGAACGAGAGACAGUUUGACAGACAGGGAUGAUGGUAAUCGGUAAGAUGUACCUAGGAUUGAAAGGGCUCGGAUGCGACGAGGUAGUCGUUUUGUCGGCGCCAUGAACCAUGCAAGCCGGCAAGUGGCGGGCUGUCGCGGUCUUGCUGCUAGCCGAGCUGUUACACCUUGCCCAAACGCUGCCCUCUGUCGUCAAGAUCGGGGCGAUAUUCACCGAGGACCAAAAGGACACUGCUGUGGAAGUGGCUUUCAAAUACGCUGUUUACAAAAUAAAUAAGGAUAAAAUCCUGCUGCCUUACACAUCUUUUACCUACGAUAUCCAGUACAUUGCUCGCGAAGACAGUUUUCAUGCUAGUAAAAAAGCGUGUCAACUAGUUGGGAGCGGUGUUUACGCCGUAUUCGGUCCAUCGGACCCUAUGCUGGGCGCACACAUCCAAUCCAUCUGUGACUCCCUGGACAUCCCCCAUCUGGAGACCCGGCCUGACGCAGACGUCCGUGAUCUGGCGCAUCGUCGCGAGUUCUCCAUCAAUCUUCAUCCAGCACACCAGCUGCUUAACAAGGCCUUCCUUGAUGUCAUGAACUUCCUCAACUGGACCAGGGUCGCCGUUAUUUACGAGGAAAAAUACGGUUUGGUGAAACUUCGCGAGCUAGUACGCACACCGCACAAUCAUAACCUGGACAUCCAUUUAAGACAGGCCAACCCGGACACCUACUUUGCGAUUCUCAAGGAAAUAAAGGCAAAGGAAAUUCAUAAUAUCGUGAUCGACACCAAACCGUCAAAAAUGCAUUAUUUCCUCAAAGGGAUCCUCCAACUCCAGAUGAACGACUACAAGUACCACUACCUGUUCACCACGUUUGAUAUGGAAACUUUAGAUUUAGAAGACUUUAAGUAUAAUUUCGUGAACAUGACUGCCUUUAGAAUAGUCGAUAUCGAUGACCUACACGUCAAAGAACUUCUCAGGGGCAUUUCGAAGUUUCAAACCAACAAGAACGUUCAGCCUAUCAAUUCAAGCUUUAUAGAGGCAGAAGCAGCGUUCAUGUACGAUUCCGUGUUCGUAUUUGCAGUGGGGCUGCAGACUCUCGACCAAUCGCACACCUUGAAAAUACCAAACGUAUCCUGUGAUCAGGAACACUCGUGGGAUGGAGGGCUUAGUCUAAUCAACUACAUCAAUGCAGUGAGUCAUUUUCCUUUCUUCAUUCGUAUUAAAUUUUCAGAAAGGAAGGACAGUAUUUCAAAAUUUUUCAAUAUCUUAUUUAUAUUCCCAAAAUGUCCAUCUUUAUUGCUCGAAAUUGAUUGAGAUUAGUCGAACUAUAAUCAUUUGAUCACUGUUACGGUAGCUUCAGCCUAGUUACGUUAAUGUAGAAAAUAUAUCAAUGAGUCAAAGCUGUUGCUCCUUAGAAAUAAUAAUAAAUCAUCAUCAUCC